AUGACUGAGAUCACUGCUGAAGGAAAUGCAUCCACCACUACAACUGUCAUCGACAACAAGAAUGGAUCCGUGCCCAAGUCCCCUGGAAAAGUACUGAAGAGGACAGUCACGGAAGACAUAGUGACCACCUUCAGCUCCCCGGCAGCCUGGCUGCUGGUCAUUGCUCUGAUCGUCACCUGGUCAGCUGUGGCCGUUGUGAUGUUUGACUUAGUGGAUUACAAAAACUUUUCAGCAAGCUCUAUUUCCAAGAUUGGCUCAGAUCCUCUAAAAUUCGUACAUCAAGCAGUGGAGGAAACUACUGACUGGGUCUAUGGCUUCUUUUCUUUGUUGUCUGACAUCAUCUCAUCUGAGGGUGAUGAAGAAGAAGAAGAUGAGGGGGACGAGGAUACUGAUACAGGAGAAACAGAAGAGCCUCCCUUGAAAAAAAAAGAAAUACGCAAAGAAAAAACUGAAAAAGAGGAGAAACCUGAAAGGAAACUUCAAACUAAAGUUACCCAUAGAGAAAAAGACAAAGUAAAAGAAAAAGAGAAACCUGAAAAGAAAGCAACUCACAAGGAAAAAGUUGAGAAAAAAGAAAAACCAGAAACAAAGUCAAUGGCAAAAGAAGAGAAGAAAACUAAGACUAAAGAAAAGACUGAAGUAAAGACUAAAAAGGAACCGAAAGGUGGGAAGCAGGAGAAAGCGAAGCAAUCAGCUGCGAAAGGAAAAGAAGCACAGAAAACCUCACCUAAGCCCAAAGGGAAGGAUGAGAAAGAGGCUGUAGCUGUGCCCAAGCAUGAACAGAAAGAUCAGUAUGCAUUCUGUCGAUAUAUGAUUGACAUGUUUGUCCAUGGAGAUUUAAAACCAGGACAAAGCCCAGCCAUACCACCUCUGCUACCCACAGAACAAGCUUCCAGAACCACUCCAGCUUCGCCUGCUCCUGAAGAAAAAGAAGGGGAAAAGAAGAAAGCUGAGAAGAAAGUGACUUCUGAAACAAUAAAGAAAGACAAAGAAGAUGGCAAAAAGAAAAUUGAGAAAGAAACUGCCAUUGACAUGAAAAAAAAAGACCCUGGGAAAGCCCCUGAAACCAAACAAGGGACUAUAAAAGUUGUAGCACAAGCAGCAGCUAAAAAAGAUGAAAAGAAGGAAGAUUCCAAGAAAACAAAAACAUCUGCACAAGUUUUUAAGAGAAAUGGUUUUCUUUCAACAGAACAACCCAAGGGAAAAAAACAGGAAAAGAAAGAAAAACAUACCGAACCAGCAAAGCCACCGAAGAAGGAACAUUCAGCUCCAACUGAAAAAGAAGUAAAAGCAAAAACUGAUCGAGCCAAGGAAGAGUCUGGUGCUGCCUCCACUAAAAAAGGUGUCCCUGGAAAGAAAGAAGAGAAAACAACGAAGGCAGUGGAGCAAGGUAAAAAAAAAUGA